AUGGCACCCAUCGCUCGCACAGUCGAGCUCGUCGGAGUCGGUGCAUACCUCGGGCUGCCAACCUCAUUUCAGACCCUGCGAUCUUACCGCGGCUGCGACUAUCCUGACCGUCGAGGCACGCCAUCAGACGAUCCUGAACCUCGUCAACGACGCGACGUCCAUCCCCAGGCAUUCGACAUUGCGCUGACGCCUAACGAAGUGCUCGCCAUAGCGGGCAGUUUCAUCUCUGGCUGCAGCACUGGCAUUGCAUCGAACGCCGCGCUCUCCAUCACGAACACUGGCGCCAUUGUGCCCGGGACCAAGCUCGCUUCGCGUCGCCUGCCAUGA